GAAGGAGGAGGGAGGGGAGGGGGAAAGAGAGGAGGAAGGAGGAAGGAGCUGAGGAGGGAUGAGAGAGGCGGCCAGGGCCCCGGGCCGUAGCAGCGCGGGGCCGGGGGACCAGGGGGGCUGAGACACCCCAACUGCCCCCUUCCCCUUUCCCUCUCCCCCUCUAUCCUUUCCUUCCACCCUCCCGCUUGAGGAGGGGGAUUUAUUCAAAUUUUAUUUAAAUCCCUAUCUCCAGAGGGUCGCGCGCUGGGGGGAGGGGGAGAGGGCGGGGGUGCGCGCGGGCUGGGGGGGCGGGGCCGGAGCAGCUUCUUUCACCCCCCCCCGCGCUCGCCCAGUAGCCGUAGGGCAGGGGGUCGCAGUUCAGAGGAGGGCCCAGGGGAGGGGGGCAGGUUACAGCGACCCCCCCCUCCCCGGGAACCGGCGGUGGGCGGGGCUUGAACCCCGGAAACGGUGGGGGGCCCAGGCCUGGCCCUGGACCCGUGGGCAGUGGGGUCCGGGAAGGGGCCAGUUGAAGGGCCGGGGGCGCUGGGGAGAGGCGGGGCGGGGUGGGGGGAGGGGAGCUGGGACUCGGACCCGGGACUGAUUGGGCCCCGGGCAGAAGCUGAGCACCCUGCGCCCAAGGAGCCCCCGUUGGCCUGGGGGGGCUGAGGGACUGAGCCCCCCAGAGCAGGACCUCCCCCUGGAAGGGCCGCGCCGCAGCCCGUGGGAGGGCCUCGCCCCCGGCGCUCCCCAUCUCCACUCGCUGCCGUCCCGGCCUCCGCCGGAGGGAGGGGCCGAGCGCCCUCGGGGGGCCGUGGACCCCGGCGUUCUGAGCGUUCCGCGCCCCGCGCCGCCCGGCCCCCCCGCCGCCGAUGGCCGCCGACCCGCCGGGAGCUGCCGAGAAGGGAGAGAUGGCUCCCGGGACACGUGUGAGCCCUCGGCGUUGCUGACGCCCCCAAUGUCGUCGAGCAGCCGGGGGCCGGGGGCCGGAGCGCGCCGACGCCGAACCCGCUGCCGCCGCUGCCGCGCCUGUGUGCGAACUGAGUGCGGGGAUUGCCACUUCUGCCGAGACAUGAAGAAGUUCGGGGGGCCCGGGCGCAUGAAGCAGUCGUGCCUGCUCCGCCAGUGCACUGCCCCUGUGCUCCCACACACAGCUGUGUGCCUCUUGUGUGGGGAGGCUGGGAAGGAGGACACGGUGGAGGGAGAGGAAGAGAAAUUUGGUUUGAGCCUCAUGGAGUGUACAAUCUGCAACGAGAUCGUCCACCCCGGCUGCCUGAAGAUGGGAAAGGCUGAGGGUGUCAUCAAUGCAGAGAUCCCCAACUGCUGGGAGUGUCCUCGCUGCACCCAGGAAGGCCGCACCAGCAAGGAUUCAGGUGAGGGGCCAGGCCGCCGCAGGGCCGACAACGGCGAGGAAGGCGCUAGCCUGGGGAGUGGAUGGAAGCUGACGGAGGAGCCGCCGCUUCCACCGCCCCCGCCCAGGCGCAAGGGCCCCCUGCCUGCCGGGCCCCCAGCAGAGGACUUGCCUGGGCCCCCCAAACGAAAGGAAAGGGAGGCAGGGAAUGAGCCCCCCACCCCAAGGAAAAAGGUGAAAGGAGGCCGAGAGAGGCACCUGAAGAAGGUGGGUGGAGACGCCUGCCUCCUCCGAGGAUCGGACCCAGGCGGCCCGGGCCUGCUGCCCCCCAGGGUUCUGAAUCCAAGCCAGGCUUUCUCGUCCUGCCACCCUGGGCUCCCUCCCGAGAACUGGGAGAAACCAAAGCCGCCUUUGGCCUCUGCAGAGGGCCCAGCAGUGCCAUCCCCAUCCCCGCAGAGGGAGAAACUAGAGCGUUUCAAGCGCAUGUGCCAGCUGCUGGAACGGGUGCCUGACACAUCCUCUUCCUCCUCGGACUCAGACUCCGACUCUGACUCUUCAGGCACAUCGCUGAGUGAGGACGAAGCCCCUGGCGAGGCCCGAAAUGGGCGACGGCCGGCCCGGGGCAGCUCUGGCGAGAAGGAGAACCGCGGGGGGCGGCGGGCUGUGCGUCCUGGCAGCGGGGGGCCCCUGCUCAGCUGGCCCCUGGGCCCUGCGCCACCACCCCGGCCUCCACAGCUGGAGCGGCACGUGGUGCGGCCCCCACCUCGAAGCCCUGAGCCUGACACACUCCCCUUGGCUGCUGGAUCCGACCACCCCCUGCCCCGGGCUGCCUGGCUUCGCGUCUUCCAGCACCUCGGGCCCCGGGAGCUGUGCGUCUGCAUGCGAGUCUGCCGGACUUGGAGCCGCUGGUGCUAUGACAAGCGUCUGUGGCCUCGAAUGGACCUGAGCCGGCGGAAGUCACUGACCCCGCCCAUGCUUAGCGGUGUGGUUCGCCGCCAGCCCCGUGCCCUGGACCUCAGCUGGACAGGUGUCUCCAAGAAGCAGCUCAUGUGGCUUCUGAACCGACUACAAGGCCUGCAGGAGCUGGUGCUCUCUGGCUGCUCCUGGCUCUCCGUCUCUGCCCUGGGCUCAGCCCCACUGCCAGCCUUGCGGCUCCUGGACCUCCGCUGGAUCGAGGAUGUUAAAGACUCCCAGCUCCGGGAGCUGCUGCUGCCUCCACCAGACACCAAACCAGGGCAAACAGAGAGCCGUGGGCGGCUACAGGGGGUGGCAGAACUGCGCCUGGCAGGCCUGGAGCUGACAGAUGCCUCCCUGCGGCUCCUGCUGCGCCACGCACCGCAGCUGAGCGCCCUGGAUCUGAGCCACUGCGCCCACGUCGGGGACCCCAGUGUUCACCUCCUCACGGCCCCCACAUCCCCACUCCGCGAGACCCUGGUGCACCUCAAUCUUGCUGGUUGCCACCGCCUAACGGACCACUGCCUCCCGCUGUUCCGCCGCUGUCCACGUCUACGCCGCCUAGACUUGCGCUCCUGCCGCCAGCUCUCACCGGAAGCUUGUGCCCGGCUGGCGGCCGCCGGGCCCCCUGGCCCUUUCCGCUGCCCUGAGGAGAAGCUGCUUCUCAAGGACAGCUAGUUGGGCGCCCCCCACCCUCCCCCGGACUUGGCCGGAGCCUGGACCUCCGUCUUCAUUUCACCCUCCGCUGGGAGGCCAGGUUCCCACCUCAUGACCCCCCGGGAUUCCUGAGUGAUUCCCGCCCAGGGACUCAAGCCAGCCACCCCCUUCUCCGCCCCCCUGCACUGAUAUCUCUGGGGGUUUCUCCUUCCCAUGUCCUCCCCCUGCUACCUGCUUCAUUGUCCAUCCCCUGGGGGGAGUGGGUCAGAGGUACUGGAGGGUGCUGAGCCGAAGGGAUGGUGGGAGGGGGGGUUAUGGUGCAAGUGUCAGUGGGGGAGAAUGGGGAAAGGACGCACACAGGAUAUGGGAGCCAGGGGCUGGGGGAGGUGGAAGGGGCGGGGGGGGGGGGGGGCAGGCAGCAGACCACCAGGGGUUCGGGGAACAAAGACCAGUUACGGGGAUGGGGGGUGGGGGGGGGGGGCCACAAAGGGAAACCAGAGGAGCAAUUGGGGAUCCAGGUGUCAGAGGUAGGGGAGCCAGGGGCAAGCCGGGGCUGAGUGGGAGUUGGGGACGAGAGCAGGUGUGGGGACAGCAGUACCCCCUUGGGGGUCACCUCUCUCCUUUCCCCCUCCCUAGGCUUCAGUUCCUUCCCCUUGACCCUGACUUCCUUGAACGUCACUGAAAACGGCAGCUAUUGCAAGGAGUGGGGGCCGCGGGCAGCCGCUCUUCAGCUCGUGGCCCAGGGGAGUGGCGAGGGGCGCCCCAACCCCCUGCCUGCCUCUCCGCACAAUACUUGAACAUUCAUCUGUACUGAAGUGUUACUUGAACCGGGGGAACCUCGGACCUGGGGGAGCCGGAGUGUAAGGGGACUGGACCAGCUUGGACUGAGACCUGAGACCGGGCCGGUGGGCGCCUGCUGGGACUGCGCCAUCCCCAGGCUCGCUCUUGUUUUACUGUAUUGAGUGGCGGCACCCGCCGGACCCCCAUUAAGGCGGGGGCGCCAGCCCAAGGAUGGGGACGAUGGGACUCCUCCAGCUUGGCUCUUCCCACUCUUUCAUCGUCAUGGAAACUUGUAUCCCAUUUGUCCAGGGAACUGCCACUCCUGGUUGCCAUGGAAAUAGCAGCCAACGGACACCUCCCGAAGCCAGUGCUAAGGCUGGAAAUGGCCCCUCUUAGUUGCCAUGGGAAUCUAGUAACAGACUCUCCUGGGCCUUCUCCCCCGCCCUUUCCUCCAGCACGGGGUGGGACUUCGGAAUCCGGGGGAGGAGCCGGGCCAGGUCCCGCCCCUCCGCACAGGGCUCGGGUUGGGGGCCGGGGCUUACCAAGUAGGGGAGGGGGGGGAUCUAUCCACAUACCUCAGGUAACAGGGAGGUGCGCGGGUGGGGGGGGGGGCGGGGCGGACCAAAGGCCGGAGGGGAGGGGCCUGGGGAUCGCGAGAGGCUUGAGGAUGGGGCCGCUUGGGGGAGGGAGGAGGCAGCCCGGCGAGAGGCAAGCGGGGGACCCAGCCGGGCUGGGCCCCUGGGCCCCAAAUCUGUACAAUACGGUUUGCUAUAAAACUCAAAAUCUUCCAGCCGGG